GCCCUCCCGCGCUCUCUCUCGGCCGCCCUGAUUCCAAUCCAAACCCGCCGCGUCGCCGCCGGCGCCGGCGCCGGCUCGCACCCCUGCUCCCUGCCCCAUGUUCCUUUUUACUACUCACCGUCACACCACCCGCGAGCUCCUCAACGCCCUCCGCGGGGGUGGGGCCGCCUGCCCGUCCUCGGCACUCCACCUCUACUCCCAAUUCCGCCUCCGGCUCCGCCCCUCGGACCCAUCCCACCUCGCCCGGCGCGCCGCCGUGGUCACCCUUAGGCCGCUCACGGCCGCCUCCUCCCUCCCGCUCAUCUCCCACUUCCACGGCCACCUACUCAGGUCCAACCUCCUCGCCUACCCCCAAAUCGCCUCUUCGCUCCUCCGCUCCUACUCGCUCCUCUCCCCGCCAUCCGCCCACCAGCUGUUCGAUCAAAUACCCCCCGCCACCCGCAACACCUACGUCCUCAACGUCAUGCUGUCGUCGCUGUGCCGCUCCUCCGACCUCGAUUCCGCGCGCGCAUUCUUCGAUGACAUCCCCGACAAGGACAUCGUGUGUUGGUCCACCAUGCUCGCUUGCUAUUUCUCACGUGGUCGCCUCGCUGACGGGUUUGCCUUCUUCCGUUCGGUGACAUUCACUACCGACAUUGCUGUGGAUGAUGUCAUGCUCGCCACCCUCCUCACAGCCUGCACUUCAGCUGGCUUGCUGCCGCCGUUCUGCAGGGCCAUUCACGGUUAUGCUAUACGCUGCGCCAUCCCUCCUAGUAUGCACCUUGGGACGGCGCUCAUUGAUGGCUACACCAAGGCCGGCCGCCUUGACUAUGCUUCCCGUGUGUUUGCUCUCGUGCCUCAUAGGAAUGUUAUACACUGGACAGCUAUGAUCUGUGGUAUGGCUUCGCAUCUGUGCAAUAACGAGGCUGUUCAGCUGUUUGAGGAAAUGUGUCAAAGAAGAGUGCAACCAAAUGAGAUGACAUUCACAGCCGCGCUCAGGGCAUGUGUGAAUGCUGGGCUGGUGGAGAAAGGUAGGGAUUUCUUUAAGCUUAUGGUUGACAGAUAUUGCCUUGAGCCAAACAUACAUCACUACGGGUGCAUGGUUGAUCUCUAUGCCAAGGCAGGGCUGUUGGAGGAUGCUUAUGAGGUUAUAAAAAACAUGAAAGUGGAACCAAAUGUCAUCAUCUGGACAUCACUGCUGACGGCAUGCAAGGAGUUCAAGAAUUUUGAGAUUGCUGUGGAGGGAAUUGAGAAAGCAUUGGCCCUGGGGAUAUCUGAUGAAAACACUGGAUUAUAUAUGCUGAUAACAGACCUUUAUGCUAUGGGUGGACGGUGGGAUGGUGUGAUAAAGAUUAGGAGGUUGAUGCAGGAGCAUAAUGUGUGGAAGAACAGAGGCUUGAGCUCUAUUAAGGUGGACGAACCCCAGGGUUUGUCAUCUGCUGCACCCAGUUGAUUCUUAACUUGGUUUCAUACCUUUCAAUUUUUUUGCGGAAUGGUGAAGAGUGGACUCUUUGAUUUGUCUUGUGGGGGAGGUAUUCAGACUCAAAUCUUUUUGACUAUAUUGAGAUAGUUGAUUGUACUUGGUAUGGUCUAGUGGGCUGACACAUUGGAAGAAGGAACUAUGUUAUAUAGAUGAUCCGUGUGCAUACGAAACACGCUCAAUAAUUUAUCUAAGCAGGCCAAGCUCAUUGUUGAAUUCCUUGGCUUUUGGAUGACUUUGUAUGCAUUUCUGCAGUCA